AUGAUGAUGAGUGGCAGUAGUGGCAAGCUGACUGGUGCAAUACUGUCCGUUGUGGUAAUAUUUGCAGUUCUAGUGCCUGAAGGUUCAUAUCCUGUGCUGCCCAAUACCAUGCUCGAUGAUAAUUUGGUCACUGUAAAAAACGACAUAGCAGAAAAAAUCUCAUGUAAACUUCAUUGCUAUUCAAGCGAAACAGAUUUUGGAGUUCAUACAUUAGCAUAUGGUCAGGAAUUUAGUUGGAAGUUUAAGAUAAAUGCUCUCCGAACAACAAAAUAUUGGUGUGACAUGUGGUUUGUUACAGAAGAAGGAGCCAAUUUUAAAGGUGGAUAUACUAUAUACAAGGCGAACAGAGAUUACGAUAGAUGUGCGAAUGACUGCCAUUAUUCUAUUCGUAUGGAUGGUGUCUAUCAGCAUGCGCUAGAGGAUUAUACUGAAGGUCAUGAUGAAUUGAUUUAUCCGUGGCCAUAA